CCAUCCUGUACUCUGUGGCCGAAGCGCCACAGUCUAGUGGGUGAGGAGUUUGACAUGCAACCCAUUUUUGAAGUUCACAGUUUGACUUGAGGUUUCUCUGACUGCAGCUCAUGUCAUUUUUUCCACAUCGGAUCUCAUCUGGCUUUUUAGCUGUUUAGUUAUCUACCAAAACAUUGUCAAGUAAGAAGUAAGAAUAGGGGGAAAAAUACUCAAGUCACUACAGAUCUAAGAGGAAGUAAAAGCUGCAACUCUUCAGAGUCUUUGAAGGUUUGAGAACAAGACGACACGAAGCAAGACCAGUCGAAUCAGAGGAAUUAAAAUGUCUCUAUUUGGGAUUCUGAUGCUUCUUCUCACAGCAGUUACUGGAGAAGACGUCCCCUCCUUCACAGUCGGAGCUGGAGAUGACGUGACUUUGCCUUGUGGUAGUGUGACAGAAGAUCAGCCAAACUGUGAACAGAUUUCUUGGCUUUUCAGUCGUUAUAUUGAGAAAACAGCAGUAGAGCUGGUUACAAACGGGCAUUUAAGUAAAAAUGAGAAAGCUAAAGCGAAGAGACUGAAUGUUACAGAGGACUGUUCUCUGGUUAUUAAAAAUGUCACACGUGAGGAUGUUGGUCGUUACACCUGCAGACAGUUCAGAUCAGGAAGAGAACAUGGUCCAGAAGCUAAAGUUUCUCUGUCUGUUAUUGACGUUGAGUCUCAUGGUCCCGCCUUCUUUAUCUGCUCUGUGGUUACAUAUUCUGAGUGUUGGCACUCAGUAGAGUGGCUGUAUGAAGGUCAUAUGAAAGACGCAGAGACAGCACAGGGCUUCUGUUCAGCCGACGUGUCAUUACCAUCUCCUCUUCAUGAUCAGAAGUCAAACCUUGACGAGUCACUGUAUUGUAAUGUGACAGAUGUUAGGAGUGGACAAACACUGAGACUUAAUGUCAGUCAUCAGUCCUCACAUGAGGAAACAGGAAAAGGAGGCACAUCAUCAGAGGGAAAGGAAAAAACAAACGAGGAAACGCUGACAAAACCAGGUGAAAAUGUAACUUCCUAAAUCUCUUCUUCUUCAUGAUUUUAAAACACAAUAUAAA